AUGACAGCAGCAGCAGCGCGUUACGUUGCCAUUCAGGAUGCAUCCAUCAUCGCGAUCGCGACGAUCGCUUUCAGCUACAUUGCACACACCCGCGGUAAUCCUAAAUCUAUUGGACGUGCUGCUCGAUUAGCUACAAACGCAACCAAAACAAAACCCCGAAAGCCCAAAGUGGACGCCAUUGUAAUGGCGAUCACAGCAGCAGCAGCGCCGCCCACGGAGAAAGAUCGUAGUCAAAGGCCAAAGGCAAAGACCAAAGCCAAAGGCCAAAGGCAAAGACCAAAGCCCAAAGCCAAAGGCCAAAGCCAAAGGCCAAAGCCAAAUGCCAAGGCCAAAGACCAAAAGCCAAAUUUCGAAGGCCAAAGCCAGAAGCCAAAGGCCAAAGGCCAAAGCAAAAGGCCAAAGCCAAAGGCCAAAGCCAAAGGCCAAAGCCAAAUGCCAAGGCCAAAGGCCAAAAGCCAAAUUUCGAAGGCCAAAGCCAGAAGCCAAAGGCCAAAGGCCAAAGCAAAAGGCCAAAGCCAAAGGCCAAAGCCAAAGGCCAAAGCCAAAGGCCAAAGCCAAAGGCCAAAGCCAAAGGCCAAAGCCAAAGGCCAAAGCCAAAGGCCAAAGCCAAAGGCCAAAGCCAAAGGCCAAAGCCAAAGGCCAAAGCCAAAGGCCAAAGCCAAAGGCCAAAGCCAAAGGCCAAAGCCAAAGGCCAAAGCCAAAGGCCAAAGCCAAAGGCCAAAGCCAAAGGCCAAAGCCAAAGGCCAAAGCCAAAGGCCAAAGCCAAAGGCCAAAGCCAAAGGCCAAAGCCAAAGGCCACAGCCAAAGGCCAAAGCCAAAGGCCAAAGCCAAAGGCCAAAGCCAAAAGCCAAAGCCAAAGGCCAAAGCCAAAGGCCAAAGCCAAAGGCCAAAGCAAAAGGCCAAAGGAAAAGGCCAAAGCCAAAGCGAAUGUUUGCCGACUAUAAUCUUCGCUACUCUUAG